CGCGACGGAGGCACGAUGAGUCAAGGAGUGAAGGAGUGGAGGGAUGCGAUGAAGAAGAGUGGAGCAUGGGGUGGUAGCAGCGCUUGCACCUGACUACAGGAACUCAAAGUGAAUGCUAGAAAACAAACUAUAAAUCCAUUCAUGAUGUUUGCCAGAAGUCCUUCAGGGAGCAACCCCACCUCCCCAAUCCCAGUCCACAGCCCAAGUCCCGAUUGCCACUCAGAUGGUCUCUCAGCUGCUCUCCUGCCUCAGUCCCCUCCAUGCUGGGUGACACAGGCACAGCGCGACCUUGCCCAGGCAGAGGCAGAGCUGUGCCGGCUACAGGAGCGUCACGCCACCGAGACUGAAUCCGUGAAGCGGGGAGUAGAGCGAGCCAUCCUGGGAGCACGCAGAGAAGAAAGGCGCCUGCUGGAGAGGGUGGAGCAGGACCAUCGAGACACUCAGCAGCGUCUGGAGCAGGUCCAAAGAGAGAACAUGGCAGCAGCCAGAGUCAGCCAGUCCCUGUUGGACCAAAGGAUCCGUAAACUGGCUCAACUUCAGCAAAGGAUUCAGAACCUGGGUGGGUCAGUUCUGAGUGAAAGUGGUCCAAACCAAAACCCACUGCAUAAGGAAGUCGUAGAGUUCCUACAACCCUGGGAAGUCUCCGUUUCCCUAAAGAAAGUGAACUUCAAACCCAGCUCCCAACCUAAUGCUGUCGCCUUUGGAGACAUCAGAGUGCAAGAACAAAGUCUCUGCUUGAAUGCUGGAGGCUGUGGGCCGAAGGGACAGCCGUGUGCACUCCACUCACAGGAGAUUCAGUGUGAGGAUACAAACCAUCAAGGUUCUGGAAGUGAGAUGGGACAGGGUUGGACAUCACCAACAGGCAGGGUUCUCAGAAAGAUCAGCCUCUCCAACAGGAGUGAGCUAGAAUCGGAAGAAGAACAAAGGCUCUCCUCUGCAAAGAUAUCUCGCUGGCUUCCAAAGUGUGAACAGUCUGACUGGGAGUCAUUCCAGGAUGAUGAGAUGGACUCCUUUCAGCCACAGGGGGAAGACGUAUUUCUGGCUGUCCCUACGGUACUUAAAAACAUUGACAAUGAAGAGAAAGACCUGGUGUACAGUAUGAAUGGUAAUGGAAAACAGUACUCUCCCAGGAAUCAGAGGAAAUUACUCCCUGCAGCCUCUAAUCGGAAGCCGUCCCCUUCACCUGAACGAAGACGGGAGCAUCUUAAGCUCAGUCACUGCUUCAGUUUAGACAGUCAGGAUGGAGAUAAAGGAAAAGUGAGUCAAGACUCCAAUAGUAGACAGUUUAGGUAUGGCAGCGGUGGCUUAACAUCCCCCAGAAUGAAUCCAAGAGACUCGGUGGCCAGUCAAAGUUGCUUAGACCUCACCUGCAGGGGCCGACCUCACUCUUGCCUCAGUCAGUCCUCUGAUGAACACUCUCUAGGGACGCUUGGCGACUCUGGUCGAGCACCGUCCCCAACAGACAGCCUCGACUCCAGCUACACUUUCAUUGUUAGCCCGUCUCAUGACCAGAAGGUGACCAAAAGCCCUUUGAACAGCUGCCGCUUAUCAAAGUCUGCAGUAGACUUGACACCCAAGACACGUCCAUUGAUCAGCGGAGUGUGGAGGGUUAAGCGUAGCGACUUAAAUUCCACGUCGAGCUCCACCCCAGCUUCACCAGUUCUCAGUAGGGGACCUAGAGUCUCUGAUAUGGGGCAGACCCUCUUGUACCCUGCCUAUAGAAGUCACCAACCACAGAAGAAAGUCGCAGAGGCUGGAUCAAAACAACCCCUUGUGGCUAGGUCCUUAUCCAUGUCUGUCAUAGGUUGCUCCUCUCAAGAGGCAAAGAGAGGCAGAGGAGAGCCAGCACUGUUGGAGUUAGAGGAGGAGGGUGAUCCGUCCUUCAGAGUAUUAAACCCCGGAGGCAUUCAUCCCAUUGUUCAGUUUGGGAAGCAAGGUUCCGGUCGGGCUGAUCUUACCCUGCCAAGUGGUAUCCAUGCCACACCACAGGGACAGCUGUUUAUAGUGGACUGUGGCAAUGCACGCGUUCAGGUGACUGACCCUCGGGGAAAUGUCCUCCAACAAGUGACCUCCUCAUCUGCUGACGGCUCUGCGAGACGAUGUCGGAACUACUUUGACAUUGCUGUCAAUGCUAAGGGUCUGAUUGCCCUAAGCUGUGCUGCAGAAAGAGCCCUGCUCGUGUUCAGCCGGCAUGGCCGCCUGCUCCAGACCUACGGAGGAUCAGGCUUGAGCUCUGCAAAAGAUGAAUUAGAAGCUCCCCGGGGCGUGACUGUGACCAGGCUGGAUGAGUUCUUGGUAGCAGAUAUCCGGAAAGGUACCCUUAUUGCUCUAAAGCUUGACCCUAAGACAGGCUCCCGUCUUGAACGCACAGUGGUGACCGGAUUCCACCGGCCCUAUUUAGUGGCGGCUUGUUUGAGCUCAGGCAUGAUAGCUGUGUCUGAAAGGGGCAAUGAAACAGGCCGUGUGCCUUGCAUUAAAGUGCUGGAGCCAGGCUGGAACACAGUGAGGGUUCUGGGCGUAUGUGCGGGUAUGGGACCGGUCCUGGCUUGUCCGUGGGGAAUAUGCAUAGAUAAAGAUGGUAAUGUACUGGUAGCAGACUGGGGCGAGCAGCACAGGGUCCUGUUAUACACAGCACAUGGAGUGGGUUGGCCUAUAAUAAAUGAGGGUUUGAGUAGUCCACGUGGCUUGACCCUCCUACCUGGGGGCCAACUGGCUGUGUCAGACAGCAUGCAUCAUUGCAUUAAGAUAUACCAGUACAAAGCGCCCCAGGACUAGAAAGAGUGGUGUGACAUUUAAAGAGGUACAAUGCUUAUAAACAACCAACCUGAGCAUGACUGUGCAGGUCAUUUCCACAUAUUCUGGCAUUGUCCUGUUAUCUCUAUUUACUGGAUGGACGUUAUGCCAACAAUCAGAUCCAUCAUUAGAACAUAGAUUCAUUUUACUUUCAAUGUUAUAUAUUUAGGAAAUUUACCAGGGGGCUAAAGAAAGGGGAGAGAUACUUAUUGCAGAUAUUACUGACUGGUGGUAAAAAAAGCUAUGACUAAAAAAUGUCUGAAUAAAGAACCUCCAACAAUCAUCAAAUGGCAAAAGGAAUAAUUCAGGAAAUUCAUGGUAUGGAACAAAUGACAUUUUCUCUAAUAUAUGCAACCGAAAAAUGAGAAGAAAAUUGGAAAAACUGGAUGUCACACUACAACCUGAAGUAAUGUUGAUGUUUUGACUUUAUUUUAAUUAACAUUCUCGGACCCUGCAUCCUCAUAUGGGGACGUUAAGUAUUAGGUUUUAUUGCAGCUCAUUCUGCGUCAUUUAGACCCAUUGUCCUCAUUAGUGGACAAUUUAGA